AUGAUCAAUCUAUGCUUGGUGGUUAUUGCAACACAAUUCGCUGAAACAAAACGGCGCGAGACGGAACGAAUGAUCGAAGAAAGGAAGCGGUUGCGAUCCUCGGGGUCACUCAGCAGCGAUCCACUGCAGUCCUCAAGGGAUGAAGAAGCAGGAGAGAGUGUCUAUGCAGCCAUAGUAAAAUCCAUUGCUCAUUAUACCAGGCGUAUAAAGCGAAGGCUGCACAAGGCACUGUUAAAUUUUUCCCUUGCUUUUAGUUUGACCUAAAGACAGUUUGUUGUAUCCUGCAUCAUGCAAAGCAAAGAACACUGUUACAAAUACGAAAUCGAAUGGAAAUAUGAACGGUUUGUUACUCAUUUUCAGUGUGAUCCAAAACGUUAUCCCGUAAUUUCGGUGCAUAAUUUCGAUAAUAUUGGUGAUUUCUAUGCGUUUUUACUGUGCAGUGGUAUAGCUCGAGAAAAAAUGCGUAUUGUCGAGAGAAUGCUUAUUGUUCGUAUGAAAAAUAAUGUGUCUGAACUGAGUUUCGAUUUGCACCGUGACUUAGGGAAUUUCAAAGAUACACGUAGCGAAGUGACUAUUUCGCUUAUCAGACAAGCUGCUAAGCUGAAACUCUGUAUGGAUAUUCUCAAUUUACGUACGAUCCUAAUUCAGCCUGGCGGUGAAAUUUCCGGCACGCAGACAUGA